AUGGCACGCGAGCUAGGGCUUCAUUGCAUCGACUCUCCACGGCAGGUCUUAGGCAGCAGGUCAGGCUUUACAAGGCUCGAAGCGGAAGUUGGACGUAGGAUUUGGUGGUAUCUAUGCAGCACUGACUGGAUACUUGCUGGGCUUUCCGGCACCCUUGGCGGUGCCUACACGAUACAUCCAUCUCAGAUGGCAGUACACAAACCACAGAAUAUCGACGACGAAGACUGCAUCGAUGGGGAAGAGAUAGUUGGAAGGCCGAUGGACCAACCGACAUGCAUGUCGUACUUCCUCGAGCGGAUCCGUUUUGCAGAAAUUUUCCGCGCAUCUCUUGAGAGCGCUCAGUUCGCAGCCCUGAGUCCAGACACUAUUACCUUUAAGCUUGUGCAGGAACUGGAGGCCCGCAUGUCUCGCUUCUGGGAUGAUGCUCCAGAUUUCCUAUGCUUCAACCCUGGCCUAUCUGUCAUUGACAGAAACGCAAGCAAAAUCACGAUCCAGGGAUACAUACUAAACUUAUUCGUCCACGGCCAGAGAUGCAGAGUCCAUCUCCCGUAUCUCGCUCGUGGCCAAGCAGGCCCAACAUACACAACGUCUCGCGCAGCCUGCGUUGAGUCCGCACGACUCAUCAUUCGCAUGGAGAUGCAACUGGAGGAGGAAGAACAUGCCUUUGCUUCUACACGGUUGAGGAUGUCAAUUGUGCUGCAUCACAUCUUUCUGGCCUUCCUUGUUUUACUGCUGGAUAUCUGUCUAGAUACAAAUGGGCCAAGACAGAUCAGCAAGUCACCGGAAGCUACUGUAGCAUGGAGAAUCCUGCAGGAUGCAAAGGCACAAUCCCAGCAAGCCUCUACUCUAGUAGAGCCACUUGGUCGGGUCAUGCGAAAACAUGAUGUCUUGCACAAUGCUGAGGAGCUAGAAAACUGGGCUUUGGCAGACUUGGGGGCUCACAGUAGUGCUUCUGCUCUCGCACCAUCGUUGGAGUUUAAUCCAUCAACAUCAUGGGGCUCAGUGAGGGAGUCGUCACGGAUGCCGCAGGGUGAGGAUAAUACUGGAACAAGCCAGGAGGUAUCUACGGGUGACUGGCCUAAUUUUCUUGGUGGAUUACAUCUGCCCUUUAUUUAG